AUUGAACUCGAAGUCGUCCCCAGGAAAGAUGUAUGUCGAAAAUCUAAACGUAAAAUUCCAACGUUUGAAGAAGGUGAAGCUGGCGAGGAUCCGCAUCGGCAUACUGAGCGACGGCCCCCAAAGCGUCGAAAAUCAACUUUUUCAUCAGAUCUAGGCGACACUGAAGCAGAAAGUCCAAGGGGCAAGGUGCAAUUAACCUUCGAAGAGAGUUUGAGAAAGGCAGUGGUGAAAAAGCAGGUGGAUGGAACUUCGAAGUCCAGCAAAACCCUCCAUGAUUUCUUUCCGGGUACUGAAAGUACUGUUAAAUCGAAAAAGGAGAUCUCGGUGGAAGAUUAUUUUGCAUCGUCAUCUUACAAGUCUCCAUCGCGCGUAAAAGAGCCUGUUUCUUUAGUCCCUGAGACACCGCCAACACAUCAAGAUAUCAUGAAAAUGGACGAGGACGAAAUAUGCCUCUCAGCUUCGAUGGCUGGAAAACCACUAAUGCCGUCGCCUGCGGUCCUGCGCAAAGAAAAGAGACACUCAGUGAACACGAUGAAAGACAGAUCUGUUGCGAGAGAUGUGACGAAAGCUGCACAGGUAAACACUACAUAUCUACAUGAACUUCCGGUAGCAUCAUCCGGAACCACUACUCCGAAAAAGAAGUUAGAACCUCCCUCCUCGACUCCGACAAAGAAGAAAUCCCCAUCAACAACGACACCUAAACAGGCAUCGAGUAGUGGAAGGGCAUCUUUUUGGAAGUUCCAGAAUCGUGAAGGUCCUCAGGCCCUCGGCUCAAGACCUAUACCGAAGAAUACUUCGACCUGCUUUGUGGGUAAGACUUUUGUGAUUACCGGCGUGCUGGAAUGCAUCGAACGAGAGGAGGCAGAGCGCCUAAUCGAACGUGGUGGUGGUAGAGUGACGCAGGCUGUGAGCAAGCGUACCUCGUAUCUCAUUGUGGGUCGAGACUCUGGUGCCAGCAAGCUCAAUAAGGCCGUCAGUCUGGGCACUCCACAACUCAGUGAAGACGCUUUUUUUGAUCUUGUCGAUCGGGGUUUUAGCAAGGUUGAAGCUGACGAAGGAGACAACGAUACUAACGAUAAUGCCUUCACUCUUGCACCGUCCUGCACAAUUUCCGGACGCCUGCUGACCCCUUCUCCGAAGAAGUCCAAGAAGGUGAAGGGGGAAAGCAAACAGCCAGUUCUACUGACUGAUCGGCCUAUGGUUCAAUCCCUGUCACCAACGAAGACAGCAGCAACAGAGCCACCGGUUCAAGAAUUGUGGGUGGAGAAAUACAGGCCGAGGACUAGGAAGGAGUUGGUGGGACAAAAUGGGGCUGCUAGUCCUGCUAAUCGUCUCUAUGCGUGGUUGUCUAGUUGGCAGGAUGACUAUGCAAUUGGUCAAAAAGCAAAACCCUACUUGUCAGCACCACCAUGGGCAGCUGGUGGAUCAAGCGAUAAGGGUGCAUGGGCACGCGCAGCACUGCUUUCGGGUCCUCCAGGAGUGGGCAAAACCUCGACGGCUUUGGCAGUGUGCGCAGAGUUGAACCUUGCUACCAUUGAGUUGAACGCCUCAGACACGAGAUCAAAACGCUCUCUGCAGGAGGAGGUGGCAAAUGCCCUUAACAUGCGCUCCCUUACCACCGCUUCAAGUGCAAAAUCCUUGUUGCUGACUUCCCACGUCCUAAUCAUGGACGAAGUUGACGGAAUGGCGGGAAACGAGGAUCGCGGUGGGGUUCAGGAACUAAUCGGAAUUAUCAAGACCUCCAAAGUUCCCAUUAUAUGCCUCUGUAAUGAUCGGCAAUCGCCUAAGAUUCGCUCCUUAGCCAACUAUUGUCUGGAUCUCCGCUUUCAUCGUCCACGCGUUGAACAGAUCAAAGCCGCGGUGCUCUCCAUGGUCUGUCGUGAAGGUGUCAACGUUAUAAACUCUGUACAAAUGUGGUGCAUGAACGGUGACCAUCACAAAACCAGCGCCACUGAAGCUGAUAUCACCGCCAAUGCUGCCGCAUCACACAAAUACCUCCGAUUGGGUCCCUUCGAUGUCAUUCGUAAAGUCUUUGCGCCCUACAUUGACGGAGAGCCCGUCUCCUUCGCAGAGGCCAUUGACCUCUUCUUCCAGGAUUACUCCGUUGGUCCACUUUUUGUGCAAGAAAACUACCUCAGCGUUCGACCAAUGGCUGCAAAUGGAAAUGCACAAAUAACACUCGACCUCCUUGCCGAAGCCGCGGUUGACAUUGCACAGGGCGAUAUUGUUGGUCGAGCAAUACAGUCGACCGGCAGUUGGUCAUUACUACCCACUCAAGCUGUAUUCGCAAGCCUUCGACCAGGUCGCCUACUGCGGGGUUCGUUACCUGGAGGCCCUGGGGCCAUUUCCUCCCCAGCAUGGUUCGGUCGAAACUCAACGCAGAUGAAGAAUGCACGACUAUUGGCAGAGCUGUCACAACACAUGCGAAUCUCGACGCAUGGAGGAGCGGCGGAUUCGCGAUCACUGCUUUUAGACUACCUGCAUCCAUUGGCUGUGCGAAUGUCAGCUCCGUUGAAAGAAGGUGAUAUUAACAGUGUUCUGGAGUUUUUGGAGGCCUACCAGCUGUUGCGGGAAGACAUGGACAACUUGAUGUCUCUAACCACCUGGUUAGGCCGCCCUGGUCUCAUGAAGAACAUUGACGCCAAGGUGAAGUCUGCAUUAACGCGAACUUACAAUAAGACGGCGCAUAAGGUGCCUUAUGGAACCGAAUUGGUCGGUGGUGGUAUGAAGAAGAGGAGGAAGCAGGAGGAGGCAUCAUCUGAAGCCACACUAGCUGAAGGGGAUGAGGAUAAUCCACACCUUGAAGAUGAGAGCGAGGAGAGUAGCGUCGAAGAGGAAGAGGAGAUUUGGAAGAUGGCUAAGGUGAAGACAGUUACGAAGUCUUGUCCAGAGCCUACAAAAGAGAAACCAACGAAGAAACCAUCUGGAAAUGGCAGAAGGACGAAGAAAGCAACAUGA